GUUUGCACGCUCGAUAGCUUCUCUGAAAAGCCUACUGGAUUCUGUCAAUAGGCAGCGACCCAGCGUACCAGGGACAAACUAUUACUCACUCUACUAACGCAUAGGUAAAGUGUUUACUCGUUCAACAGUGACCUGCUAAUCAUAUGCAAAUAAGAUGCUAAAUAGUUCUUCUGUCCCUCCCUGUCAUCGGUAUACACUUUUUUUUCUGGCACCAUUACGUUGUUAUUGAAGAUCUCUUUACCCGUGCUUGUCUAUGCGAAAGAACUUUUCUACGCCAUUUCAAGCUCUAACUCGGUUGCUAUUUGGGCCUUGUCGUAGAGUCCAAGUUAUACCCUCUUCGUUCAGGUUUUAUGAAUCUUCUGUAAGUAAAGAUUGAGCUUACGCAAAAGAGAGGAAGGAGAAGGAGAAAUAUACCAAGAUGGGUAACACAUAUACCGCGUUUAGGGAGCAGGGGUUGCCCACCUAUUACCCCCCAAAUAAAACUGCGGUGACCGCCGACGUACUCGAGAUAGGAUUCAUCUUCGCCUUCGUGAUCGCUUUCUUUUCGUUCAUCGUCAUCUUGCCCGGUAUUCGGGGAAUGCAGAGAUGUUACAGUUUUGUGCGAAUCACGAUCAGUCUGUUCAUUGGUGCCGGAAUCAUGCUGUCUCUGUGGGGACAAGAAUGGGAGAAGGCUGAACUACAUGGCAUCGAGACCUACUACAAAGCUUUCUCUUAUGAGGAAAUACAUGACGCUGACAUCGAAGUGAAGAUCGGACUCAACAGCGUCAACAUCACGCUCAAAGCUCCUGCAAAUAGUCUUGUCGAACAUCCCGAUGAAGUCAUCGACUACAACGAACGCUUCCAUUUCUACGGCGGCCAGGGACGUGGCGGAUUUGGACGAUUCUCUGGACGUAUCAACCGUGAGUUCCGAGAGGCCCAGUGGUCAGGCAAACCAUACCCUGUUCUCUGGAUUGCUGAGUACUUCACUUUGGAUGGUGAAGACAUCAGAUGGGGACGAUCUUACCGAAUGGCUGGCUACUAUGCCUACAUCAUGGUUUGGUUAUCCUUCCCGUUGUGGAUCUUAGCCAACAUCCUCUUCUUCAUGGUGAUUAGAAAUGGCGCCUACUUCCUCAUCAUGACCGGCGGUAGUCUGUUGACUGCUAACGUUCUCUAUGCGACCAUUAGAUAUGGGUCCGAGCUCAAGAUACCCUUUGCGGCUCACCACGUACUUGAAUUCCACAAGGGACCUAGCUUCUGGCUCUGCAUGGUUGCUGGUCUUAUAUCUGUCAUCUGCGGCUUCAUCGUCCUCGCCAUGGAUUACAUCUACCCACUCGAGAUCGCAUCCUUCUUCAACGUCGAUCCCCUUCAGGACUUCGAAGACACCUACCUGAUCGAGCACGGUAGCGGAAUGGAUGGAUCCAACUUCGAAGAGGGCAAGGCGAACGGAGACAGCAACGGCCAAGAUAUUUGUCAAUCCCCUCCGCCCGAACCUAUUAAGGGGAAGUUCGAGUACCGUUCUCGACAUCAAUCACGCUUUGCUAAGUCAAGGCGUCGACCACGUCCUACACAGCGAGGAAACGGGCCAGCUGACAUCGACGAAGGCGACGAAGCUGAGGAAUCGUCUACUCCUACAAGUCAAAGAGCAAGCGAACAACAAAAAAGAAACACCCAAGAGGGGAUUCCGCUGGAAGUGCUGGGCGAUUCACCAAAAAGUCCGACAACGGACAUGUAAACGAAGGCAUGGAUGAGGGCGAGGGGAUGGGGAUGGAGAUGGGGGAGACGAGUCAAAACGGUCACAACCAACAAGAGAACGUAUAUGAGAAUGGCAAGGAUGAUCGUCCACUCAGUGAUGCUGCUAUCUCGCUUGGAAGUGAACUCUAUGAAAACACUUCACCCAAUCCAUAGAUCAUCGCAAUCCCUUCUUUGAAAUAGUAUAUUUAAUGCUCCCUCCCCUUCCAUCUCUGUCUUCGUUUAUGACGUCAUUACCAGAAAACUAGAUGUCUAACUAUGUGUUGUAUAAUUUGAGUUCGUGUAUUGUUUGUAUAUAUUUAAAUCUCCCAUUGUCUUCGACUUUGAACGAGUAGAUGAAUAGCGCAAUCAAUUUUAAGCAUUUUUCAAAACAGAAAAAUAAGUAAGACUCAUAUUUUUUGUUAUACAAAGACGGUACAGCAAUUAGAGAAAUUUUUCAUUAAUCAGGUGUCGAUAAGACUUACAUACAACCAGUACUAUAGCCAACAUGUAGUGGUAAUAGCAACAGAAAACGGCGCAUAUAAGAGAAGCAUUUCUCCAUUUUUGAUACAAAUUAAAACAUGUCAUCAAACUCAUCCAUUUAAGAAUGAUAUUAGUUGGAUCACAUUAAAAAAAAAGGUACUUUUAUAAUGAUUUUUUUUCAGCAAUAAGCAUAGUUUUAGCUAGCUAUACAAAAAUUGUCUAAUUUGCUGAAAAGUGUAGUCCGUUGAACUAUCGGAACUUGUUACUGUAUUGUGAUCAUCCAAUAUUACUGCAAGAACAGGUAGAUAAGCAAACGAAUGACCGUGUGACGCCAUUUUGUCUUUCUUGUAUACUCGUCUCUCAUCUAUGCAUGUUGUGGGUUGUUGUACUUGUUUCUUAGUUGACUUUGAUAAAUGUAUUUUGGAUGAAACAUCCGUUUCAUGUUAAUACCCAGUGGUACUUACAGGCGACAUGUAUAUAACUAUCAUCUCGGAGAAUAUAUAUUUUGCUGUUUAUAUAAGGUGUUGUAGAGCUCGUAAUAGUGUCUUUAUAUCGUACCGUUAAGCUAGAAAAGAACAAAGUUAUAUAUUUUUAUGAACAAUAUUAUCGCAGAGCUCAGAGAAAUAAAAGAAAAGAAGAAAAACAAAAAC